AGAGAAUAAAAGUGUGUCCCAGAAAGCACCGCGGCUCGUGAGAUUUGCCAGUCAUCUUCUUGUGUGUUUAUCUUACAGUUCAGGCAUCUCACCCGUGUUUGUCUCAUGCGCUGACUUUGUUGUUUUGCCCUUAAGAUAUCGAGUUUAAACCUCUGAGCGCCAACAUGAAAGAAUUAACGGCGAAGAAGCGCGAGAAGGCGCGUGCGGAUAAAGAGAAGACGUGCGCGGAACCGCAGGAUGUUGAGAUGAAGGAGGACGAGCAUAAAACCGCGAAAGAACAAGAUCAGCUAACACUAGAAGAUAUUAAGGAGCAUGUGAAGCAGAUCGAGAAAGCCGUUCUGGGGAAGGAACCUCGAUUUGUUCUCCGCGCCCUGCGAGCUCUGCCGUCCACCAGCCGCCGGCUCAAUCCUAACGUUCUGCACAAGGCCAUAUCAGGAUUCUUCACAUCCAACGCGGCUGGAAAAGAGUUCCUGCUCGGCUUUCUGGAGCAGCCGGCGGAGAGCGAAGGAGACGUGCAGUUCAGACCUCGCACGGGUAAAGCUGCGGCGGCUCCGCUCAUUCCAGAGGUGGAGGCGUAUCUGCAGCUGCUGCUGGUGGUCUAUCUCACCAACCUGAAGCGUUACGCUGAGGCUCAGAAAGUGUCCGAUGACCUGCUGCAGAAGAUCGGCCCUCAGAACCGCCGUGCUCUGGAUUUGGUGGCCGCUAAGUGUUAUUACUAUCAUUCCCGCGUGUACGAGUUCUUAAACCAGCUGGACGCUGUACGCAGUUUUCUGCACACGCGUCUGAGGACGGCAACGUUACGUCACGACGCCGACGGUCAGGCCACGCUUCUCAACCUGCUGCUGAGAAACUAUCUGCAGUUUAAUUUAUACGAUCAGGCCGAGAAACUCGUCUCGAAGUCUGUGUUCCCUGAACUGGCCAAUAACAACGAGUGGGCUCGAUAUCUCUACUACACUGGUCGGAUCAAAGCCAUUCAGCUGGAGUAUUCAGAAGCGAGGAGGACUCUGACAAAUGCUCUGAGAAAAGCUCCUCAACACACCGCUGUGGGCUUCAAACAGACCGUUCAUAAGCUGUUGAUUGUAGUGGAGCUGUUGUUGGGUGAGAUUCCAGACCGUCUGCAGUUUCGUCAGCCGUCUCUCAAGAGAUCUCUCAUGCCAUACUUUCUGCUCACUCAAGCCGUGAGAGCUGGAAAUCUUGCUACGUUUAACCAGGUAUUGGAUCAGUUUGGAGAGAAGUUCCAGACAGACGGCACGUACACGCUGAUCAUCCGCCUGCGACACAACGUCAUAAAAACAGGUGUAAGGAUGAUCAGUUUGUCAUAUUCACGCAUUUCUCUGGCUGACAUUGCACAAAAACUUCAGCUGGACAGUCCUGAAGAUGCCGAAUUCAUUGUGGCCAAGGCGAUUCGUGAUGGUGUGAUUGAGGCCAGCAUUAACCACGAGAAGGGUUACGUUCAGUCUAAAGAGACCAUGGACAUCUACAGCACCCGUGAGCCUCAGCUCGCUUUUCACCAACGCAUCUCCUUCUGUCUGGAUAUACACAACAUGUCUGUCAAGGCGAUGAGAUUUCCACCGAAAGCUUACAACAAAGACCUGGAGUCUGCUGAGGAGAGAAGAGAGAGAGAACAGCAGGAUCUGGAGUUUGCUAAAGAGAUGGCGGAGGAUGAUGAUGACAGUUUUCCUUAAGUCUUCAUCUUUAUCAUUCUUGAUUUGUGUCCAAACAGAAUAAAUGUCUCAUCCGUGUCUCUCAUUUGCCUCAGCUGUGCUCUGUCAUGUAAGAUGAACAGCUGAUGUUUUUCACUUCUACCGUAACCACAUAUAUAUUAAAUAGUUGUCCUUACAUAAACGA